AUGGAUUUCGCUAUUUUCACAGAUGUUGAUGAUUCCAAUCUGUCUAAGACUAUCCGGGCCUGCAAAGCUUCUGAUAUCUCUCUUAAUGGAAAGACGGAUGCAAAUACCAUAGGCUUGACUAGUGGCAUUAAGGCAACACUCCAUGCAGCAUGGAAUUCUGCUUCUAGUGAGGGGCUCAACAUCACAUCCGCUUUUCAAGCGGCGGAAAGGAUGAAGGCAUUUUACGACAUUAGCCAUUCCUACCAGCCUUCUCUUUUUGCGUCCUAUCUAGACACCGUGGUUGCGGUUCAUACAGGACCCGGUGUGGACAGAGACUUUAUGGCCAAAGCCUUGCUGGAAGAGCUUAUAAACUAUUUACAAGAAAGUGGCUCUGAAGAGACAUUAAUUCUGCAAAUUUGCCACAAAGAUUAUACUUUGGGUGUUUUGGUAGGAACUGGACAUUCGAGACUAGGAACAGUACAGCAGGCCAUGCAGCACUGGAUCAAUGGGACAUGCGUUUCUGGUUAUGAAAACAGUGCGAGAGUUAAGUCCAUGACUCUUGUUGCUCCAGUGACGAGUGGCCUUCUAUCUCUCUCCAAUUCGACCAAGGCCUCACAGCUAAAAAGCCGCGGCGGCUGCACCACGAUUCAAGUUCAACCUAACGAUCUAUGUGGCUCCCUGGCAACUAAAUGUGGAAUUUCGCUCAAUGACUUUUACAAAUACAACCCGGGUAAGGCUUCUGCAAUAAUCUUCAAUUGGGCCAGAAAGUAUGUUGCAGCCCUGGGGGUCUGCCUGUGCCUAGUGAGAAUUCAGACGGUUCUUGCGCUACCUACAAGGUUCAUGCUGCGGACACAUGUGCUGUAA